CCGACAAUGGCGAGCAAUGGAGUUCCCUCCCCGCCACCCCUUUCCCCCGGCUCAGCCUCAAGAAACUCGAUGGACCGCCUCGGCUCGCCAUCGCUCGAGGCGAACGGGCUGUCCGGACAGACACCAGUCGACGUAAAUGGGCACGGCGCCGAUGAGACGACGGUGGAGGGACUGCAACAGGAGCUCCAGCGCACCCGGGAGGAGAAGGAGGCGCUCGCGGGGCAGUACCGCAACCUGCUCGCGAAGCUGCAGACAAUGCGCACGACCCUGGGGAACAAGCUGCAGAAGGAUGCGGAAGAGCUCGACCGGCGCGAGCAGCAGAUCCAGCAGCUCUCGGCGCAGAGCGAGGAGUUCGCGGCGACGAUCGAGGCGCUCAAGGAGGAGGUCAUGACGUCCAAUGAGGAGGCGGCGCGGUUAUCGAAUGAGCUAUCCGACCUGCGCACGCGCGCGCUGCAGGAGAACGCCCAGGAGAGCAUGAUGCGGGAGCGGGAGCUUCGGGAGACGCAGAUGGAGCUCGAGCGCUGUCGAAUGGAGCGGGACGAGUGGGAGCGCGUCGCAUUGCAAGAGCGUGUAGCGGCUGAUGAGGCUGAGAGCGUCAAGCGAGAGAUCGAGCGGGAACGCGAGCUUUCCGAGCGAUUGCAAGCAGAGCUUGCAUUGGAGAAGGAGAAUGAGGCCAACUUGCAGAGCGUGUUGCAGGACUUCCAAGCAGCGAAGGACCACGAGCUCAAGCAAGCUGUAAAGGACUACGAAACGCAGCUCCUUCAAGUAACCCAAUCGCUUGCAGAGUACAAGCAUCGAGCUCUGACUGCUGAGCUGAAACUCGAAGAGAACGCGUCAAAUACCUCCCGCACCGAAGAGCUCGAGAAGGAGGUCAAAGAGAAGACCAUUCUCAUCAACAAGCUUCGACACGAAGCUGUCAUAAUGAACGAGCACCUCACCGAGUCUUUGCGGCGACUACGUGCAUCCUCCAUGUCAACAUCACAAAACGUUGACCGGCGACUUGUUACGAAUGUCUUGCUGUCCUUCAUUACGACGCCACGCGAGGACUCGAAGCGGUUUGAGAUGCUUGGGUUGCUGGCGACGAUCUUGGGAUGGAGCGAUGCAGAACGCGUGAAGGCAGGACUGCAGCGGUCCAAUAGUGGCACUGCGUCCGCGCUGGGAAGCUUCUGGGGGCGCAAGAGCCAGAGCCAGCAGAACGACCGUGUCGAGCAGACGGAUGAGACCGAGUCUUUCUCCCGCCUAUGGGUCGAAUUUCUCCUCACCGAGACGUCCUCCGGUACCGAUGAGCGCCCAAAACCUGGCCAAUUUCUCUCUGGCUCCCGCCUCCCCCACACCCCCUCGCGCACCUCCUUCCAGACCCGCCGCCCCGGCGAGGGUUACGCCCCCUCGGAGGGCACCCCCAGCCCGACGCGGAGCACUUUUGGGAUCCCUACCUCGAAUACGUUUUCGAGCCCGAUACGGCUCGGUUCACGUUCGUUGUCCUCCUCCGCGAUGGCGUCGUCGCCGAACCUCUCUCUAGGAUCAUUCGGCAACGGUCACGGGGGCUCGCCGCCUCCGCCUGUGCCGCCACUGCCGCCAUCGGUGAAGGGCAAGGAGCGAGCGACAGAGGAGUAGGGGAUGCGCUGGAUCUCGGACUGUAUGUGUACAUAUUUAACGCCAACUGGACUUUGCAUGUUCACGGACUUCAUUCUUGUGGCGAC